UAGUAAAAAAGUUAAAACCCGACAAUUUCAGUUCCCUUCUCCCUGUUCUUCCUCUGCCGCCAACCCAGUACUUUUGACUCUACCGCCACGCCAACCACUCGAAUUCUUGCUGCCAAGUGAACUUCCGGCCAUCGGGAUCAUUUGAACUCGAAAGACCCAUACUCUUUUGACACCGUCUCCCGAACACAAUCAACCUUGUUAGCAUUGUACUGUAUCCACUAUCUGCAGAUGCCUUCUGCAAAAGGAAAGAAGCAUUCGAAGACCCAAUCGAGGCUAUCGAAUUCUUCCGACAACUUCUCGUCAAAUGGGUCGCUUGAUUUCGAAGAAACAGAAGAGGGUUUUGCGAGCUCCAUCGAGCAAGCUUCGAUCAAAUACCCAUCUCUGAUUGCUAAGUCUGCUUUCGUUGCCCGAGUCGCCGACGUUCAGGACGACCCCAAAAGCUGCAAAAUUUGGCUCUCAGAGCCUUCCAUGGUUGCCUCUUCCUUCACUCCUGGCUCCAUUGUUUCGGUGUCGCUUCCGAGCUCGAAGAGUAGAUAUUCAGAUGGGUUUCCUCUCUGUUCAUUAGCAGAUGAAUGUGCUAGAACUUUUGGGAUUGGUUCUUGUGGGCAGUUGGCUAAUGAAGCAGGGAACUACUUUGCUCUUGCUACAAUUUUUCCAUCUUCUAAGGUUACGAAGAAUGAAGUGCUAUUGUCUUCAAAUCUUUCAAAUACAAUUGGUUGUCCUCCAUCAGGCAGGGUAAUAUUCAUCCACUCUGUACAAAAUCAGUUUGGAGCUGGUCUUCUGGGUAAGUCAGGAAAACCACGUAGCACCGGAGUUGAUUGCCUCUCAAUAUACGACUGCAAUGAGUUAGUUUUGGAGAUUGUUCCUUCUAAUAAUAGAUUAACCAUGAACAAUACCUCUGUCAACAUUUCCGCUGAAAAAUCUUACCAUUAUUCUGAAAAGGGAAUGGCUGCAUCUCCUAAGACACCAUUGAAUCGAUCAAAGCUAAGUGUGUCGAGUACUAGUCCAGUAACUUCACCUCGACGUGAGUCAGUAGCAGGUGUAACCAUUCCCAAUGUGUCAUCUGUUAAUUCUUUUGAUGUUGAAGAGGUUUUAGGGGAUGACAGUACCAAAAGACUUCUGCAGACAUGUGCUACUACAUGGUUGUAUUCUCGCUGUCUACUUUGCGGAAAUUUUGUCACCAUCCCAAUGCUCUCACAACUUUGUUUACUCCGAGUGAUUGGUGCUAAAAGUUUGUCAAGCUGUGAUGCUAAUGAUUUGCUAAAUGAGGCUUCUAAAGUAGUGGGCUGUGAACAUGAUGCUUUUCUAGUGAAGCGAGAAACAAAAUUAUCUUUCCAUUUGCCAUCAAACCAAGCAUCUAAAACUCCACAGAGAAGAAAUCUAUCCAAUUUGGAAUGUAAUGAUCCUGCCGCUAAUACAGGAGAUAACAUUUCAAGAUUGGGGGGUCUUUGUAAAGAAUAUGCAGUUUUGAAGGACAUCAUAUUUUCCUCCUCUAUGGACACUUUGUCAAGUCUUGGUUUACGAACUACAAAGGGAGUGCUUCUUCAUGGUCCUCCUGGUACGGGAAAGACUUCUUUGGCUCGAUUAUGUGCCCAUGAUGCUGGCAUUAACUUUUUCUCUGUCAAUGGACCUGAACUUGUGAGUCAAUACUAUGGAGAAAGUGAGAAAGCUUUGCGAGAAGUUUUCGAAUCAGCUAGCCAAGCUGCACCUUCUGUGGUAUUCAUUGAUGAGCUGGAUGCUAUCGCACCUGCAAGGAAAGAAGGAGGUGAAGAGCUAUCUCAAAGAAUGGUUGCUACACUGUUGAAUUUGAUGGAUGGUGUAAGUAGAACUGAAGGUGUACUUGUAAUUGCUGCUACCAACAGGCCUGAUAGCAUUGAGCCUGCACUCAGACGACCUGGAAGACUUGACAGGGAAAUUGAAAUAGGUGUGCCAUCUCCCAAGCAACGUUUGGAGAUACUUCAUUCUCUUAUCGGCGAAAUGGAGCAAUCUCUUUCAUACGAGCAAGUUCAACAUCUUGCUAUUGCUACACACGGUUUCGUGGGUGCUGAUCUGGCUGCCCUUUGUAAUGAAGCGGCCUUCAAUUGUCUUAGACGUUAUGUCAAAUCGAAAUACUCUGAUGAUUGUUUGCACCAAACAUCUAUUGCUGAUGAAGAUUGUUCUAACGGUCUAAAUGUACCUGGUUUCUCAAAAGAUACGACAGACAUAUCGAUGGAUUACUCAGAUUCCAGAUCUUCAUCUGUCUCACAUUUGGAUUUUUCUUUAGAGACAUCCUUGCAUUUAAAGGGAACAAUUGGAGAUGGUGAUAAAUUUCUGAAUGACAUUGAAGGAGAAUGUGUCUUGAAAGUGACUUUUGAAGAUUUUGAAAAGGCCAGGAUGAGAGUGAGGCCCAGUGCCAUGCGGGAAGUAAUACUUGAAGUUCCGAAAGUUAAUUGGGAAGAUGUUGGUGGUCAAAGGGAGGUAAAAAGUCAGUUAAUGGAAGCCGUAAUAUGGCCUCAAAAACACCGGGAAGCAUUCAAGCGUAUCGGGACUCGGCCCCCGACAGGGGUCCUGAUGUUUGGUCCUCCUGGAUGCAGCAAAACCCUUAUGGCUCGUGCUGUAGCUUCUGAGGCAGGGCUGAAUUUCCUUGCUGUGAAGGGUCCAGAACUUUUUAGCAAAUGGGUUGGUGAAUCUGAGAAGGCUGUGAAAUCCCUGUUUGCGAAAGCAAGGGCUAAUGCUCCAGCAAUCAUAUUCUUCGAUGAAAUUGACGGGCUUGCUGCCAUUCGUGGGAAGGAAAGUGACGGAGUUUCAGUUUCGGAUAGGGUUAUGAGUCAGCUGCUUGUUGAAUUGGAUGGUUUGCAUGAAAGAGUUAAUGUAACUGUUAUUGCUGCUACAAAUAGGCCAGACAAGAUCGAUAGUGCCCUUCUGAGGCCAGGACGCUUUGACCGGCUGCUAUAUGUGGGACCUCCAGAUGAGACUGAUCGGGAAGAGAUAUUUCAUAUCCAUCUGCGUAAGAUACCAUGCAGUUCUGAUGUCACAAUAUCUGAACUUGCUCGUCUUUCAGAAGGCUGUACCGGUGCUGAUAUAUCGUUAAUCUGCCGAGAAGCAGCCGUUGCAGCUAUGGAGGAGAGCCUUGAUGCCUCAGAAGUAAAAAUGCAAUAUUUAAAAACUGCAAUUAAACAAGUGAAGCCAACAGAAAUUCAUCUUUAUCAAGAACUAUCCGACAAAUUUCAAAGACUUGUUCUUUCUGGCACAAAAGAGAACUAACCUAUCUGGAGGGUGUGAGUGGAUAAGUAUGCAUCCCAUAUUGUAUAAGCAUCUACCCUAAUGUUCCUUCAGCAUUUUCUUUACUAGCAUCACUCCUGGCACUCUGAGAGUAGUCGCGCAAGUUUGAUGCAUCCUUGGCUCCCCAAGUAUAGAAGGUUAUGCCUAGUCUCUGGGGGAGGUUGAAGCCUUGGAGAAUCCUUCACAUCCUCGAGUACCAUAAUAGGCUCCUCCGUUGAAAGAAAUGCAUGCGUGCCCAUCGUUACGGAGUUUUACGGAGUUGAUUGUAAAUUUGCAGACGAGGCUCUCAUUCCUUCUUAUAUUUGCUGUCAGUGCUCACCAGUGAACUGAUAGGUUCCAUCUGAAUGUUAUGUGCAUUCAGUUGUGCUGUGAUUUGAACGCGAGGGGCAACGGGUCCUUCUGGUCUAGGAUUUCUUCUGCAACCCAGGAAAUCUGUCAUCGUCUCUACAAAAACCAUCAAUUUUGGCAGUGAGUGUGGUUCUACGUGGACAAAAGAUUUUCUGUUGAGCUGGCUAGCAUAUGAACCAAUGUAGAAAAUAGUGAUAAAAAUAGAACUUUUGUGCUUUUUUAUUCUAAAUUUAUUGGACUUCCAUCAUAUGGUUGCUUAAGAGAUUUGUGGUCGUAAAGCGUUUGUUAUCAAAGUGGUUAAGAGCAUUAACCGAGAUCUUAGAAUAAAAAUCGGUUUUGUAUAGUA